GCCAAAUCAUAGAAACCUCCAUUAGGUAUAAAUCAAUGCAGAUAAGUAUUUUGUGGAUCAAAAGGAUCAUGUUUUCAGUACGGCAAAUGGAAGGCCGAUGAAAAGUUUCAUGUAGUCACUAACUUUAUGUACCAUAUCACAAUAAAGAUUCUGAAACCAUGACAGCCAAUAGCACUAAAAAAAUGUCAGUUUCCAGUCAUCUGAAGUUUCUUAAAGAACAAAUUGUCACUUUCUUGACUUAUCAGAUAAAAUAAGGUUAAAUAAACUGAAAAUAUGAAGCAGUUAGAAUUUAAUUUAAUAGAACUAGAGGACCUAACUUCUAUAAAUUCCCAUAGCCAACUUAUGCAUCACAGGCCACCACCAAAUCCUGGAAGAAAACUUGGGUUUUUUCAUUUGAAGGCUUAAGAGCAUUUCCAAGCCACCACAAGACUUCAUGGCUUCCAAGAGAGCCAACAGAAAGAUCAUAGAUAUAGUUAAGCUCCGCCAAUUCCUAAAGAAGUGGAAGAAGAUCGCAGUUGCGCCCAAAAGCAACAGCAAGAGCAUCAAAUUCUUGAAGAGAACUCUCUCGUUUACCAACACUCCUUCAAUAAUCUAUAGCAGUGUACCAAAGGGGUUUCUUGCAUUAUGUGUUGGAGAGGAGAUGAAAAAGUUCAUAAUCCCGAUGGAAUAUUUAAGCCACAGAGCCUUCAGAACUCUUUUGCGAGAAGCAGAAGAGGAGUUUGGGUUUGAACAAGAAGGCAUCCUAAGGAUUCCUUGUGAUGUAUCUGUGUUUGAGAGUAUAGUGGAAAUGGUGGAGAAGGAGAAACAAGGGUUAUGUUGUUGCUCGGUGGAGGCCGAGUUUGCUCUUCUUUGUCACUGCCAGGAAGCGUUGUGCACGUAAUCAUGAAUUUUCUCUCUUUUUCCCCCUUUUGUAAUUCCCUUCUCUUCUUUUGAAAGAGACAGUAUGUGGAUUGUAAAGAUCUGUAAUU